CCACAAUGCGUGCCUUGGUCGUCCUCGCACUUGUAGCUGCGUCGUCGUUCGCCAUCAGGGUCCCGAGACCCUCGGCCGAGCCUCACUGGAAUGCCUUCAAGAGCACUCACUUGAAGAGCUACCGCGAUGGCCAGGAAGAGCUUAUCAGACGUUUCAUCUUCGAGGACAACCUCCACACCAUCGAGGAGUUCAACCGGGUGAACGCCUCUCUUGCUGGUUUCACCCUCGGAGUCAACGAAUUCGCUGACAUGACCAACACCGAGUUCUCGAACAUGCUCCUCGGCCUUGGCGGCCGCAACAAGAUCGCUGGCGAUUCCGUCUUCGAAUCAAGCCACGUUCAGGACCUUCCUGCCGAGGUCGACUGGACCCAGAAGGGCUACGUCACCGAAGUGAAGAACCAGGGUCAGUGUGGUUCCUGUUGGGCGUUCUCCACCACCGGAUCCCUCGAGGGUCAGGUAUUCAAGAAGACUGGGAAGCUCGUCUCCCUCUCCGAGCAGAACCUCGUCGACUGUUCCACCAGCGAAGGAAACCAGGGCUGCAACGGAGGUCUCAUGGACCAGGCUUUCACCUACAUCAAAAAGAACGGUGGAAUCGAUACCGAAGCUGCCUACCCCUACACCGGAUCUGAUGGCACUUGCAGAUUCCUCGAGAACAAAGUUGGAGCCACGGUCUCCGGUUUCGUUGACGUCAAGAGCGGAGACGAAAACGCUCUGAAGGAGGCUGUCGCCACCGUUGGCCCCAUCUCAGUGGCCAUCGACGCUUCAUCGAUCUUCUUCCAGUUCUACAGGGGUGGCGUCUACAACCCCUGGUUCUGCAGCUCGACCGAGCUCGACCACGGAGUACUCGUUGUCGGAUACGGCACGGAGGGCGGCAAGGACUACUGGCUUGUGAAGAACUCCUGGGGUUCGAGCUGGGGGCUCAAGGGCUACAUCAAGAUGGUUCGCAACAAGAAGAACCGUUGCGGUAUCGCCACCCAGGCCUCGUACCCCACCGUCUAGACACAGUCUGCGCGGAAUCCAGUGGAUGAGCUGGAGGUACAGUUCCGUUCUCCGGAUUCAAUAAAUUGGCCUAAGCUGAGAGAACUUUCCCUCUUUAGCAGAGUCUAAUCUAGAAUUUCGGAAUAAAUAUAUCGAUUCACUCGAUGUAUCUCCU